GUAAACGCUUCGACACCCAAAGUCUUCCCCUGUUGGGGGUUUCAAUUUCAUCUCUUUUCUUCUCCUACACGUUUUCCCCAAAAUCAUCUUCCAACCACUCAAAAACUCUCAGUUUGAUCCGAUUUGAUGGUUUCGAAGUCGAAAACGGCGUCGUCUGGCGGAAAGUGUUUCCCACCGGGUUUCAGGUUUCAUCCAACCGAUGAAGAGUUGGUUUUGUAUUAUUUAAAGAGGAAGAUCUGUCGUAGAUCGGUGAAGCUUGAUAUUAUUGCAGAUGUUGAUGUUUAUAAGUGGGACCCAGAAGAAUUACCUGGGCAAUCUAAGUUGAAAACCGGGGACCGACAAUGGUUCUUCUUUAGCCCGAGUAAAAAAUACGCGAAUGGCGGAAGAUCAAGCCGGGCCACAAUGAAUGGUUACUGGAAAGCUACCGGAAAAGACCGAAUCAUCAAACGAAAGUCAUCAUCAGUCGGGAUUAAAAAGACGCUAGUUUACUACCACGGUCGUGCACCCUCGGGCCAAAGGACCGAUUGGGUCAUGCACGAGUACACCAUGGAUGAAGAAGAACUCAAAAGAUGCCCCGUCGCUCAAGAACACUACGUCUUGUACAAAAUAUUCAAGAAAAGCGGGGCCGGGCCCAAGAACGGCGAGCAGUACGGUGCGCCGUUUGUAGAAGAAGAAUGGAAUGAUGAAGAUUGUAUCGAUUGUUUGGAUGUUGAUUCGCUUUUGGUUCAAAAGCCGAAUCCAGUCCCGUUAUAUGAGUUUGAAAAUACAAGUACCCGAGAAGAAGGAGACGAAGGAAUCGGUUUAUCGAAUGAUAUGAUUGAGUUUUUAAAUAAAAUCAUCGAUGAACCCGAUAUUCUUCCACCGGAUCCAAAAAUCUUGGAAAAGAACGGGAACGUUUUGCUCGAGGGUUCUUCGAGUCAAGUCGAGAAAGAUUUUCUCGAACUCGAUGAUUUGGUUGGUUUGGACACGAGAAUUUCUAACUCGGUUACCGACUUUUAUUCGAUUUCGGACUUCGAUUUUUACCAUGAAUCUCAAGGAGUCUAUAAUAUGGGCCACUUGGAGUACGGGCCCGGGCUUGGGCCCGAAAACUUGGGCCUUGUGAGUGAAGUUGUGAAUAAUGUUCACGAACUGCACGAUGAACUCCCCGUAAGCUACGAUCUAUGGAAUCACUGUGAUCAAAGCCAUAGCAGCAUCAUGACUGUUCAAACGGUUCAUGAGCCCGUUCCAUCGUCAGAUGGACAAUGGGCCAAUGGCAAGAGCUCUCGAGCCCGACUCGUGGAGUUCAAGACCAAGCUUGUUUAGCCCGUUUCAUGAGCGGUAUAAUACCAUUAGCUGAUUUAGUCAUUUUCCCGUUUUUCGUGAUUUUUUUAGGUGUGGUAAUCGAAGAAAAUCUAGCGAGGCCCGAAUAUUAUCCAAAUCAAUGUCCCGAAAACAUGGAAAAUAAUACGGAAUCUUGGUUUUCGUCUGCUGUAUGGGCUUUUGUUGAUUCGAUACCGACAACUCCAGCUUCGGCUUCAGAAAGCAGUGCAGUUGUGAACAAGGCGUUUGAGCGAAUGUCUAGCUUUAGCAGGGGUAGAAAUGUAAAUUUAGCUGCUGCGGCCGCUAGUGGCAGCGCCACGAAAAGGUUAGGAAAACCGAAACCGUCGAGUUCAAGUAGGGGUAUUGUGUAUUUUUCUGUUUUUGGUGUGUUGUUUGCUAUAUUAUGGGUAUUUGUAGGAUCUUCUAUUGA